AGGAUUGUUGUUCUCAGCGGCUAGCACUUAGCGCACUUAGCGGUUUUCUUCCUACUUAUUUGAUCCAGCAGGAUGGUACAAUGGAGUGCAGCCCACUGUUGCCGGACAGUUUGGUGUUAGAGAUCUUCUUGCGUCUGCCUCAUGAUGCGGUGCUGAGAGCAGGGCUGACGUGCCGGCAGUGGUUGGCUGUGUCUCGAGAUGAGUUCCUUUGGAGAGAGCUGUUUUACAAAUACUACCGCAUCCCACGCUCUGUGCCCAGACACCCAGCGGCGGUCUCCUGGUACAGAGAGUUUAGGCGACUGUUUGACUGUAUCCCCUGCGUGGAGGUGCAGACUCUCAGACAUCACACCGACCAGGUCCUCCACCUGGCAUUUUCCCACAGAGGCCACCGCUUCUCCUCCUGCUCCAAAGACUGCACAGUAAAGUUGUGGGACACGGAGCGCACAGAUGGCAACAUUUCCCUGGUGCACAGUUCAAGCAUGCGGCAGUUUAACUGGGGCUACACGCAGUUCUCCCAGUUCAAUGCAGACGACACGCUGCUGUUGGUGUCUGGGGUUUAUCUGGGCCCGCACCAUUCCUCCUCAGGCGAAAUUGCGGUGAUAAGUUUGGAAAACUACACGCUGUUGUCAAGAGUGAGGAACAAGCCAUAUGAUGUGUUUGGCUGUUGGUUGAAUGAAACUCACCUCAUCUCUGGAAACCUGCAUUGGAUCGGGAACAUGACAUCGUGUUCGGUCCUUUGGCUAAAUAAAGCGUUCCAGGACAUCGAGUCGGAGAACGUAAACGUGGUGAAGCGCCUUUUUAAGAUUCAGAACAUCAACGCCAGCACUAUCCGCACUGUGAUGGUGGCUCAUUGCCGUCGCCAUGACAACCCCGACCUGCUGCUGGACUACGAAGCGCAGUCAGAGGCUCGGAGGAAGAGGGGCCACGAGCCGCAGCACCAGCCGCUUCUGUUUGACCUCGGGACAUCGGGCAGCGAGGAGGAGGAGGACGAUGAAGAGGAAUGUGGGAGGGGCUAUUCGUCCCCGCGUCACCCUCUGCCCACGUACUCCGGGCUCGAGCAUGUGAUGCAGACCUGUAAAAACGUAGGUCAACGGGAGCUGCAGAUCGAGACCCACGUGGCCAAGGUGAUGGGCAGAGCUCACACAAAGGCCACUGAAUCCAACCACUGUGAUUCUAGUGACGGAGAAGAUAAAACGUAUCUGCUCUUCACCACGGGCAGUCUUACGUAUUCUCCGCACCAGAUUGGUAUAAAACGCAUCAAGCCUGACCAAAUGACCACAUCUGGUCCUGUUUUGGGGGAGGAGCGCAGUUCAGAUGAGUUUUUUGAUUCUUUGGACCAUGUUAUCGAUAUUCACGGUCACAUUAUUGGAAUGGGGCUUUCUCCAGAUCACAGAUAUCUCUACGUUAACAGCAGAGCUUGGCCUGCGGGGUGUGUGAUCUCGGACCCCAUGUCCCCACCUCCCAUCGCAGAAGAAAUAGACCUCCAUGUAAUUGACUUGAAGAAUCUCAGAGAGGAAAGACGGAGCUUGCGAGCCCACAGAGCCUUCACUCCUAAUGACGAGUGCUUCUUUAUUUUUCUGGAUGUCAGUAGAGACUUUGUGGCCAGUGGGGCCGAGGACAAACACGGCUACAUCUGGGACCGCCACUACAACAUCUGUCUGGCUCGCCUGGCGCACGACGACGUGGUCAACUCUGUGGCCUUCAGCCCCGCCGACCAGGAGCUGCUGCUGUCCGCCAGCGACGACUCCACCAUCAAAGUGUGGCGUUCCCCCCGCAUGGUCCGCCUCGCACAGACUCCGGCUCGCCCUCCCAAACCACGGAGCCUCCUGACGUCCUGGCUCAGUCGCGGCAAGAACUCCACUCCGGGAAGUAAUGUCAAUGGAAAAUCUUGAAAACACAGGGGCAAGACUUGAAUUGCAACCUACUGUAUAAGACGAUGUCGUUUUCUUGGUUAAUUUAUGUAAAGAGGUGAAAGAUAAUUGACGCGUGAAGUGUUGGAAAGACUGAUGGAGGGUUGAGUACGAAGAACACCAGCAGAGGGCAGCAAUCGUCAUAAUUGGGAAAAAAAAAUAGCAAGAGAAACGCACAACCGAGUCUGGGGGUUUGUUUAGUCUGGUUUAAAUGUCAUCCUGAAGCUAAAACGGCUAAUGAAGCUCAUGCAGAACCUACCUACAUGGCAAAGUCCUCUCAUCUUUUAAAAAAAUUUUCUCAAAAAGCUAUUAUGUACCGCUUUAGGGGUGGGCGAUAUGCAACAAAACAACAUUUUUUUAAUAGCUGGGAUCAGAAUUUUCAUGCAGCUAGUAUCUUUACAUAAGGGUAACUAAAGAGUAACUUAAAUUCACCUGUCACUCACUCAGAGCAUGACGGAGAGGUGGGGAAAAGUGUUUACAUAACGUCACAGGGAUCAGAUCACAGUUGGAUUUUUUUUGUGCCAUAUUGCCCAGCCCUAACCCUGCUCGUCAAAAUGCUGUAACAAAGACGCCACGCUAUAGUAACAACAUCUUGAAUAUUUAAAAUGAAGCUUAAACACACUAUUUUAUUUUUAAUGGAAAUAAUCAUGUUUAGGAAUUGUGGCUGACGUUGUAAAAUUCUCGUGUAUUUUAUCGUUGAGUGUAAAGGAAUUAUAUUUAAAGGUUUUAAGCAUGAACAGCUACAGAUGGUACUGUUUGUCUAGUGUAUCUCUGAAGUGUCUGGGCCUGUCAUUAAACUAAUGUAAUAAUUGGGCUGCGCUUGAAUCUAUAUCUACCUACAGAAAUGAAUGAAUGGAAAAAUCAACAUGACUCCGUUAAGCCACAGGUUGUGAAAUGUCAUUGUUGAAAAAUGUGGGGGACUCCAAGAAAUUUGAAAAUGGUCUAGUUUCGUCAAUCAUUCUGUUCCGUUUCUCCUCAUUCUAUGCCCCAGUGGUUAUACCUUGCUCUAUUUUUGAUGGAGACACAUUUUCUAAGGAAGUUUCAGUAUUGGGUCUCCACUCCCAAUUAAACCUCCUGUUUCAGAAACCUGUAAAAUACCAGUUUUAUCAUCCACCAUCAACACAAGCAGGAUUUUUGUCUUACUGAAUUUUGUCAAGUUCCCAAACUAAGCAUUAUGUCAUGAGAGCUGUGUAAAACUAUUAGAACAGAAACAUUUGUUCUUUGACAAGAGGGAACUGAAUGUGCAGCAUGACUGGAGUUCCCCUUCUCUAACACACAAACACACACACAAAUACGCACACAAAUACACACACACCAGUAGGCAGGGUUCAAGU